AUGCUGACAACUUUUAAUGGUCAAAAGCAUAAGAAGCGGAAGCUUGAUCGCAUUUCAGCUGACGAAGAUGGCUCAGAGGAAGAAGAUCUUCCAGAUUAUAUGAAAAUUUCAGAAACGUACAAUGAUAUUGAAGAUCCUAUCAACGACGAGCACUACCUUGAAACAAUCGAUAGACAAGCAUUAGAUUUUGAUUUUGAGAGAAUAUGCUCAAUUUCUCUAUCCAGUGUGAAUGUGUACUGCUGCUUAGUAUGUGGAAAAUACUUUCAAGGUCGGUCUAUGUCAUCCCAUGCUUAUAAUCAUUCUAUAAAUAUGGAUCACCAUGUAUUCGUAAAUAUGAACACUGAAAAGUUUUAUGUUUUACCAAACAAUUACGAAAUUAAGUCUGCUCGGGCACUUAAAUCAUUGGCCGAUGUCAAAAAUCUCAUGAAUCCAACUUACAAUCCAAAUAGUGAGCUUCCUAAAUUAUCCUAUACCUUGAACAACGAGCCGUAUGAUGUUGGAUAUGUUGGCUUGAACAACAUUUCUUCAAACGACUACUUGAAUGUCAUUAUUCAGUUAUUGAGCCAUAUACCACCAAUUAAAAACUUUUAUCUCAACUUAUCAAGUAAGGAUAAUUUGAGGGGACUGAUGGCUAGGAAGUCUGAAUUGAAUUCCGAGUUUGGAUUUCUAGUUCGAAAGAUAUGGUCAAGUCAUUUGUAUAAAAAUCAUGUUUCUCCACAAGUAUUCUUACAAUUGGUUUCAAGAGUUUCCAAGAAACAUUUCUCAUUGAACAAACAGGGCUCUCCCAAGCAAUUUAUGGUAUGGUUAGUGAACCAGCUACACUCCCAAAUGAGUAAAGUCGUGAAAAGUAAGGAAACCGUGUUUCUGAACUCUUGUCAAGGGAGAGUAGAAGUGACUAAAAUAGCCAUAGAUCUGAAAGAGAAGGACAGUACCAUUAAAUUUAAGCUUGAUGAAUCAUCUGUAACUAAGGGAAUAUCAAACUUUUGGAUAUUAAGUUUAGAUGUCCCUAAAAUAUCAGUAUUUACUAAGAAAUCAAUGAUAACUGAAGUUUCCUUGAUGUCCUUAUUGAAGAAGUAUGAUGGUACUACCAAAUCACAAAGCUCACCAAAUGAAGUCAAGGUUUACAAACUUCUAGAGCCCUUGCCUCCUUACUUGUUUUUUCAUAUUGAUAGAACAUUGGAAGACACUUCUUCUGAAGGAAAUUCAACAGUUGUGAAAUAUCCUGAGCUUUUAGAUAUGUCUUCGUACGUUGGAUCUUCGCAUUUAACAAAUUACAGACUUCUUGCAAAUAUUAAACACUCUACUAUUCCAGGACCUGAUCUAAAUAAUGGCAAUGGUAAGCACAAGUGGUCAAUUGAUUUGCGUAAAGACAAUAAUGAUUGGCUUAAUAUUAAUGAUUUAGAGAUAAAAGAAUGCCAUUAUGAGUUAUUAUUUUUAGAUGAAAGCUAUAUACAAGUAUGGGAAAAGUUAGAUAUGAAUUAA